GUCAGCUGACUGAUGACGUCUGCAUUAGAGUAACUUCACGGGAAGGAAGCACAUUUGUCGUGACCGUGCCGGCAAGAGGACGAAAGCGGGGGAACAAAGUCCCAAGAAGUCGUAUUAGCACACACCUAGAAGAGAAAACAUGCCUGUAGACAUUAACAAAGGCAAGAAGGCGUUUGUCCAGAAGUGUGCCCAGUGCCAUACUGUGGAGGAAGGUGGAAAACACAAGGUUGGACCAAACCUUUGGGGCCUUUUUGGACGUAAAACUGGCCAGGCAGAGGGCUACUCCUACACUGAUGCCAACAAAAGCAAAGGUAUUGUUUGGAAUGAUGACACCCUGAUGGUUUAUCUGGAGAACCCGAAGAAAUACAUUCCAGGAACAAAGAUGAUCUUCGCUGGCAUCAAGAAGAAGAAUGAACGAGCUGAUCUUGUAGCAUAUCUCAAGUCUGCAACUUCAUAAAGAACUCUUCACCGUGUGCCAAUUUUUGUGUCUUACAAACUGCUCAAGAGGCCACGACUCGUCCUUCUUUCAAAAUCAGGCAGAACGGCAAGCAAUCUGAGUGGUGUUGGCAUGAUAUGUUUGUCACAGCUGUAUCUCUGUUUCUGAUGUGAUCCUCCUAUUGUGGUGGAGCUAAGUGAUAUCCCCUGGUUUUAACAGGUUUCUUUUCUAAAAUAAAUUAUUAAACCAUAUACUGUGUAUUCAGAAUGUAGAGACUGAAGGCUGUGUGUUAUUUCUUUUUUAACUGACUGUCAUCCAGUAUUUUUCUCAGUUGUUUUGUGGUUGAUUAUCAAGAUGUCUUAAUAAUUGUUCCGAGAAUAAAUAUGCCUUUUCUGCUUCCGAUUUUGAUGAUACCUCAAAAGCCUUUUAUUAUGUAAUUUUUGAAUUUGCCGCAUAUAAUAAAUCUGACACUGAA